AUGUCUUCCACACGGUUGUGGAAAGCAUAUACAUGUUCGUUAUCCUACAAAAGUGGUACUAUUUGCGGGCCGGCUGUAACACGGUGGUACUAUGACUCGACAAGUCGCACCUGUCAGACGUUCUCAUUCAAUGGUUGCGAUGGUAAUUCGAACAAUUUUGCAACACAACAAGAUUGUAAGGACUACUGUCGAGUGGAGAGUUGUCCUGAUGGUGGCCAGGUGUGGAAGGAUCCGAACGGAGCAGCGCGUGCAUGUACGACGAAUCGCCAGUGUCCAUCUACGCACUACUGCACACCAGUAACUGCGUGGACAGGCAAUGCGUACCAAACAAAGUCACUGUGUUGCCCAACCAAGAAUUACGUAUGUAGUCAGCCACGCGAUGCGGGAGUGCGCUGCAGCUCAACAAGAAUUACACGCUAUCAUUUCAGCUCUGACACAAAAACAUGCCAGCCGUUCGAGUACAGUGGAUGCGGAGGUAACCGGAAUAAUUUUGCUAGUCAAAAAUCAUGCCAAAACUACUGCUUAUCGGAAGCCUGUCCGCUCGGCACCGUUGUUGCUCGUGAAUCAGAUAACUUCCGAUUAAUUCGCUGUUCGGAUGCAGGUGGCGCUGCUGGUUCAUCUUUUGGAUGUCCAGAUGGUUAUUCUUGCUACAGUAGCCCGCUUCUUGGCCAGAAUGUGUGCUGUGGUGCUUCUACGGACCUACAGUGUUAG